AAUGAUGAAGAAGAAAAAAAUAUUAGUGAUAGUGAUAUAGAAGGUGCAGAAAGUGGUUCUGAUGAUUUACCCAAUGAUAAAGCUUGGGGUCAACUAAGAAAAUCAUUUUAUAACACGGAUUACUUAGAUAAGGAUCAUGGAGGUUUUGAGGGAGAAGAGGACGAAGAAACUGCUAAAAUGGAAGAAGAAGAAGCACGUAAAAUCCAUCAAAGAAUGAUGUCUGAAUUAGAAAAUGUAGACCUUGACAGUGAACUUUUUAUUGGGACUAAAGUAACUGAAAAUCUAAAAGAAGGAGCUGACACAAAUGAUAUAACACAAAUGAUGACAGUUAAAAAAGAUUUGAGUUCAAUGAGUGAUCGUGAAAAAAAAAAAUUGUUGAUGAAAGAAUCACCUGAACUUUUUGGACUAAUCACAGAUUUCAAAUCCUACAUGGCCAGUGCACAAGAUAAAUUAUCUCCUUUUUUGAAAUUGGUUAAAUCUGGCAUCAUACCAAAUAGUCGAUUUACAGAAUACGUGCAGUGUUAUUAUGAAAUAAUAUUAAAUUAUUGUACAAAUAUUGGCUUCUAUUUUCUUAUGAAAUCUAAUCGUAAACCAGUGCAAAAUCAUCCUAUUAUGAAUAGAUUACUUCGGUACCGUGAAAUGUUAUGUGAACAAAAUAAACAUUUUGAAACGUUAAUAUUACCUCAGAUUGAUCAAAUAUUAUCUGAUAUCAAUAUAAUUGAGUCUAAUUCUAAGGCAAGUAAAAAUAAAUCUAAAAAAUUACUUAAUUUAUUAACAAAACCAACACAUAAAGCUGUUCAAAUAAUUAAGCCCAAGGAAAAUAAUCUGGAAAAUGUGAUUGAGAAUCAACCAAAUAAAUUUGAGGAUAGUGCAGAUGAAGAAGAAGAUGCAACAGAAGUUAAAGUAGAACCUUUAGUAAACACUGAUGAAAAACGUGGUAUAACCUAUCAAAUAGCUAAAAAUAAGGGACUUACACCUCGACGUAAGAAAGAACUUAGAAAUCCAAGGGUGAAAAAUCGUAUGAAAUAUCGUAAAGCAAAAAUUCGUAGGAAGGGACAGAUUUCAGAGCCACGUAAAGAAAUUCGUCGUUAUGAUGGAGAAAUAUCUGGUAUUAAAGUUAAUCUGUCUAAGAGCAUAAAAAUUAAGGCCUAAUUGUUUAUGAUUUUAUUUGUGGUAUAUGAUUUUUUUAAAGAAAAAGUCAAUAUUUAUAUGUUUUUAAAUAAAUAAUAAUAUUUAGCCUAAAUCAAGUUGCAUU